AUGAACUGUAUUUUAAUAUUUUCUGGUUUCCUAUGUUCUUUAAACUUUGUAACAGUUGAAGGUUUAUAUAAAAGAUGGUUACCUAAUACUAAUUUUGAAAACAGCGAUAAUUGGAAUGUAGGUCGAGUACCGUGUGGUAGCGAUGUAGUGAAGUUUUCUAAUGGAGAAUCGCUCAGUCCUACUGUUUACGUUCAGACUAAUUCUACUAUGAAGGAACUGUGGCUGCCAAUGAAUGGAGAGAUUAUAUUUGGAGCGAAUUCAAUCUUGAGUUUUACUGAUAGUGUUCGUAAUACCGAGCAAUGUCCAGAUGCAGAAGGGGAACUCGAGUUCAUCCGAGGUCCAAAGGACUGGCUUGAUCCUGACAACUGGUGUACGACAGCCACAGAAAUGGGAGAAUGUUUGAACACACCUCAACUAGAGUCGGAGCGGGUACCUGGAACGUAUGACGAUGUUAUUUUUCCCACAGAAAAAUCGUUCUUCGUCUAUCUUGGUGUGAAUCUAAAUUAUAAAGUAAAAUCGUUGAAAAUAUCUGGAAGUAGUUUAACUACGAGUUCAUUUUCAACGUUUGCUAAAAGUGCUGAAGGAACGAGGAUGUUUCCACCGCCUCAGCUUGGAGCUGGUACUCAGUCUACUGUCACCGUUACUAGAUCGACCUGUAGAACCCCGAAGUCUGGUUGCUCUUAUGGUAAUGAUCAACCUCAGAUAUUGGAUGAAAUCUGUAAGAUAUAUCAAGAUAGAUGUGAACGCGCUAGAUGUAAAUCUGCAUUAACUCCCCUUGGUGCCUGCUGCUCCGUCUGUGGUGCUACUUUUAAUGUUAAAAUCGAUACUGGCUUCAAUAUCACCGAAUUGAAAGAAAUUUUACAAUCACAAUUUCUGUCACCAACACCUAAGAUAGUUCCAGAUGUACUGGUGUCACGAAUGAGUGUAGAUGAUAACCUGGUACAGAUCGUAAUGAAAGACAAAACUGGUGAAACAAGCUCCAAAAUAGCCAAGACUAUAAAGGCUGAUAUGGACAAAGAUCUAUCAAAUGGCGGACAUAAGUACGCUAUUUCGGUGGUGUCCCUAGCUGUUUCUGGUUCGGCUACAUCCGGUCCUGGUUCAACGUCUGCCCAUACUGGCGGAGGCAAUUUAAGUGGUGGUUCUGUUGCUGCUAUAAUACUGAUUGUAGUAAUCAUUAUACCAUUGAUAUGUUUAGUUGGUUUCUAUAUGUGGUCUCGACAUCAUAAUAGCAGAAACGUUGUUACGACUCAAGUUGAUAAAGUGUUGAACAAUAUCCAGUCAAUAAGACGCAGAGCUGAUGAUCGUGCCCAGUUAACAAUGACAGAAUUAGGCCCUGUACAGACAUCUUUUGCAAAUGAGAUGUAUGGUGCUCCUUUAGAUGAUAUGAAUAUUCAGGAUUUUAAUUUGUCUUUAUCAGAAACUCAACCAUCUUUCGAUAGAAGUGGCUUUGAUAAUCCACUUUAUGGCUCUAAGGAAUUACCAAGUUUGUAUGGUGACCCUUCCAGUGGUAGUAAAUUAUAA